AUGUUUAAAAAUCAUGAACAAUACAAUGAACAAAUAAAAAAUGUAGCCAUCAGUUCGAGUAAUAAUCCAUUAAGAGAACCAAUUAAAACUAAUUAUUAUAACAAUAAUCUUGAAUAUAAAAAUACAUAUCGAGGUUCAAUAAAAGGUUCGAUGAAUGAUUCUAUAACAUGUGACUCAAAUUAUCGAUUAUCACAAAAUCCAAAUUAUCCCGGUUGGGAAAAAACAUAUUGUUGUUAUCAGAAUCGAUGUAAUCUAUCACGAACUAUUUUCAAAGAUAGUAAUACAAUUAUUUUAUUAUAUAUUAUUUCAACACUACUCAUUGAUCCUUGA